AUGAGAAGCACCGCACCGGGGAGUGACCACCCCGUUGAAUAUCAAAAUGGUUACCCCAACAGCACGCACACGCUUGAGGAGGAAGCGGACAUGGUGACGGGAAAACGCGUGGAGAAGGCAAACUUUGCAGGGAAGCCAAACAGAGUGCAGAAGCCAAACGGCGUGGAGAAGCCAAACAGCGCUGGGAAGCCAAACGGCGUGGAGAAGCCAAACAGCGCGGGCAGCCCUGAACCCCCCACCAUGCGCAACUACGUCAGUGACACGUACAAGGUUCUCAUCAACAUCUGCUUGAACGAAAUUAAAAAAAGUGCCAACCCAGAAGAUGUGGACGAUGUGUAUAGGGUCCUUAAAAAUAAGGACCUCAUAUUUGACGAUGACAAAAUGGGCGGCAACGAAUUUGAGAGGAGGAAGGAACAGCUUCCCCGUGGGAGUCACUCCUCUAGUGGGUCACGAACGUCACUCCCUACUCAUGGGAAACGUUGGGACAACUUCGAAUGUGGGGAGAACGGUGAGAUAGUGCCCCCCUGCCGAGUAAAUAGCAAGAGGAACAAACGGAGCAGCAGCUCUAUUAGAAGCAGGAGCGGGGGGAGUGGAACGCUGAAGAGUUGUCAUGGGGAAGGCACAAAGGGGGAAGAUCACGAGUGGAGUGAUGACGAACAGGAGGAUGAUACCUCCUUGCGUGGCGCAUCAACCGGGGUGCACAACGGAAAAGGAGAAGUCGUGAAGGAUGUCAGAUGUGACCAGUCGGAUAUUCAAGAUGUUGGAUUUCUGGAUGAUGGCACACAUGAAGGAGGUGACGAACGAGGCGGGGGAAGAGUGAAGCUCCUCGCGUCAGGGGACGAAGAGGACGUAGCGUACUUCGCCAAGAAGAAGCAGAAAACGGGGAUGGAGAAAUGGAUGGAGGAAAGCAGCACCGAAAUGCAAAGCAGCAAUCGGAAUCGAAGCGGAGGAGGAGCAGCCCCACUCGCCAGAGCCACCACCAGGGAGAAAAUCGAAUCGGACAUGUACAAUAUCUUCAAAGGAGUAAUAAAUAUGCUCACGUGUAAAUACCCAGAACACAACAUAAAGGAGUUUUUCUUCAGCAGCCAGGAAAGACUCAAAGAAGAAUAUGAGAGCAAUAAAAGUAAGUCCAUACAAAUUACUAGGUACGAAUCCAACAGGUGCAAUAAUAUCUAUACCAAAAUUAAACAGGAACUUUUUUACAUAACGAAGAACACCAAACUAAGGAACCAUAUAAUUAACACAAGGUACAUGUUUGAUAUAUACAAUUAUUGUGUGAAAAAUAUCAAAAGAAAUAUAACCGUACUUUCUCAUUUUAUUCCAAAUAAGAAGGACUACAAAUUUAUAACGAAGAUGAGAUUUAAUAACAAUUGCGAGAAUGUAGUUACUUCUGGAAAGGAUGGGUACAUAAAAAUUUUCCAUGUCAUGACAGGGAACCUAAUCCUCUGUAUUAAGGCACAUAGGAAUGCCAUCACUGAUUUUGAUGUCCACCGUUCGGACAAGUAUAUACUCUCCUGUGAUGAGAAGGGGGUCGUGAAAUUUUGGCUGAUUGAUAAGCACAAAUUUAAAACGCUGUUCACGUAUAGGCGGACCUUUCUUAUGAAGAAGGUGCAGUUCUUUUACCAUGAAAAGGGGAACACGCACAACGGGAGUGGGGGCGCAGAUAGAAAUGGGUAUAUAAAUGGGUCCAGAAAUGGGUAUGUAAAUGGGUAUGUAAAUGGGUCCAGAAAUGGGUAUAUAGAUGGGUCCAGAAGUGGCACGUACAAAACCUAUGCCAUCUGCUCCACCAACUCCUACUUCUUCAUCAUCAUGUUUGAUGACCUCACUAACGACUCUCAUUUCCUGUACUCCCUGGAUAUGAAUCUCGGACUUGUCAAAUUUUUCCCCCAUAUUCAAUUUUCCUACUCUCUAAGUUAUAACGUCUCCCCCUACAUGUACAACUCUUUGGUCCUGUCCAAUGGACCCAUCAAAGGAUUAAAGAAUGGCUACCUCAUGUUUAUUAACACGUCUAGCCAAUGCAUAGAUAAAUUCUGUGAGAACAACGAUUUUUGUAAUACCACCAACUUUAAGAGGAGGAAAAAAAGAGUCAUGUUUGUUCUGCUUACGUCCAAGCCUUACUACGAUGAUGAGGAACGAAGUGACGACUUGCUGAGUAUCACCCCCAACGAUGUGGAGAUUAUCAAAUAUGUUAACAAGAUUGACGAGAGUAAGUAUGGAAAUGCUCAGACGGAUGACGUCAUCGAGUUGAGUUACAAAGGAGAGAAGAAAAAACAAAAAAUGAGUGAUGAAGACCUUUCCUAUGCAAAAAUUUUCCAUUGUUUCGAUAUCAACAUUUUGCAAGAUAACUCGAAGAAGGAUAUUGGUUUAUCUCUCUUUAAACGAUUCGAAGACUUUAACGAAGAAAUUGUCCGUUUCGCCUUCUCCAACCAUUCUGCUGACUUCCUCACUGUGCAGUUAAACGGUUCGAUAUUUCUUUGGCAUUUCCAGAGCUACCUAGACGAGGUGGCUCUAACCAGGGGGGGGAGAAGAAGAAGCACUGCUCACAGUAGUAGUGUUCACAGUAGAAGUAUUCACAAUGGUGGACGUUGCAAAGUGAACGUUUGCUGCUUCUACACCUCCCUCUACGUCGAAUUUUUCCUGGAGUCCUUGGCCCUCAACGAGAGCAACAAGGCCAAAGGGGGGAAAACCGACAUGGGAGGCUGCCAAGGCAGGGGAGACGACGCGCGGAAGCCUGGAGAUAGGAGAGAUCCCAGGGGUAACGAAAACAACAAUGGCACGAACGACGUGAAUGACGAAAACGAGUACGACAAUUUAUUUGUCAUAUCUUCCACGUCCUGUUCGUCGUACUGCUACUCCUCCAGCGGGAAGGAAUACGUGCCAAAGGUCGACAGGGAGAAGGAACUCAAGAGGAAGCGGCUCCUUAGGGCGCAGCGGGAGAUCAACCAUAGCGGGAGUGCACCACAGGGCAGAAGGGUCCCCGAUGAGAAGGACAAGUUGGGAGCAGCGAGCAGUGCUAUCGGUGCGGCCAGCAGUGCUAUCGGUGCGGCCAGCAGUGCCAUCGGUGUGGCCAGUAGCGCUAUCGGUGCGGCAAGCAGCGCUAUCGGUGUGACCAGCAGCACAAUCGGCGCAGACCCGGGGGAAACGAACAACGCCAGCGUCAUCAUGGAGAGCAUCGUCCACAGCAGCGGAAGCGCCAGUGGGAGGAGGAGCACAAAUGGAAAUAACAGACUCGACACGAAUCGGCUUGCCUCUAACCGCCUAGGAACGAACCGCCUCACCGCGAAUCGCCUGCACACCAACCAAGCAACCGAAAAAAGCAGAGCACAUUGUGUGUACAACGAAAAGGCAAACAACAAACCAAAAAUGAGAGCCAAAAAGUUAAACUACAAAAUUAGCAACGUCUCCUUUAACAUGUCCGACGAGUAUCUAAUUGUGGGUGACGGAAUAACUAAUAAGUCUAACUCGUCCAAGGAGGAUACCUUUGCAGUGACCAUGAAGACCAACCUUUCUAUUUUUUGUCUAAGAACUUACGAAGAAAUUAAAAACUUCGAUUUAAAAAAAUGCAACAGCUAUGUCAGUUUUAUCAAGCCAAAUCCCUUCUUCACAGAUGUAAUACUAUUUGCCUGUUUUAGAAAAUACAUCUAUUUGUUAAAUGUGCAGAAGAAGAAAAUCAUAAAAAAAUAUUCCUACGAUAGUGAGUUGAAAAAUCUAAGUGCAGAGUGGAGUCAAAAUGGCUACCUAUUUAUCGUCUCCCAUAAUUAUGGCUACUUUUCCAUUUUCACACUUAACAGAAAUGCUUCUUACAAAUUAACCCUUUGUGAGCAAAUCACAUCCUAUCAACUUUGCUCCUUCAAUGAACCUAGCAUUAAUGAGAUGACGGACAAUUAUGACAAUAUGAAUUCUUUGCCAGAUAUUUUUAUGUAUGAUUCUUUUGAUGCAAAUAAUGCAGAGGAUGGAGUGGAUGUUGUUAGAUUUAACAGUGGUGUUGGGGGAGGAGGAGGUGUAACUGCUCCCAGGGGAUUCCUUUUCGGGGAGGGGAUAAACACUUCAUCUAGUUUUAACACCGGUGUGGAAGUCGCAGGAGCGGGUGGAAGCUUCAGCAACAAUUGGAACGGAGCCACAGUCAUUGGUGCCACCGCGAGGAAUGGGACUACCACGAGGAGUGGAGCCACUUCGCGGAAUGGAGCCACUUCGCGGAAUGGAGCCACUACGAGGAAUGGAACCACCACGAGGAAUGGAACCACCACGAGGAACGGAACCACCACGAGGAAUGGAACCACCACGAGGAACGGAACCACCACGAGGAAUGGAACUACUACGAGGAACGGAACCACUACGAGGAACGGCACCGCUUCGCACAAUGGCACCACUUCACACAAUGGCAGCAAGCGCAACGACGCGGAUAGAAGCAAAGGGAGAAGAUGCACGACGGGGGAGAAGCAGAAAAUAACAAGAAAAAAAAAAAAAGGCGAUUCCGAUGACGAGAGUGAGAAGAGUCCAAAUGAUGAAGUGAGAAUUAUUGACAAGGACAGCUUCCACGGAAGGGAAAACAAACACGUUAUCAAUUUGGAAAAUAUCUCCUCAAAUAAUGAAGAAGUCAUUAAUGUAGAAGAUGUGCACCGAGAGUGCAUUAAGAAUAAUGCCAAUAGAAAGAAAGAAGUUAUUAACCUUGAUAGCGUUUUGAGUAAUAACUACUCCUCCUCCUAUGGGUUUAGGAGUAAAAGGACAGCAAGGAACAGAUCGACUGCUUUCAAUGUGGGAACCGGGUCAAGUGCAGCCAACACGGAAGAUGCACCUACGCGAAAGAGGCUUCAUAUAGCUAGAAACGAAGAUACACAAAACUUAAGUAGUAACUCGAAUGAUCACUCCUGUAGUGGAAAUGACAGCGGAAGGGGUACUCUGUCAAGGGGAGGAAGCUCCAAUGGGGAAGACACAUACCUUGUUAGGAAGAAGAACCCCUUCUUAUCGGUGAGAAAGCGAAACAGAAAUUUACCUUCCUCAGAUUUUAAAUCUAAAAGCGAUAAACACGAUGAGUGCUUAUUAACUGCAAGUUCUCAUGCAAGGGAAGGAGCUCAGUACCCCUACGACAUUAACAUUAAAAAAUUAAAAGAAUUUUUCAGUGGGGAUAAACGGAAGGAAAAGGAACAGGUUGUGAAAAGGGAUCGAUACAUGAGUGAUUGGGACUCUGAUUUCGAAAAAUGUAGUUCUAUUAAUUUUUUUAGUGAUAAUUCAAAUUAUGGAAAUUAUUCGGAUGAUCUGUUUAGUGACUCAUCUGAGGAGCGCAGGAUGGAUUCUCUUCAGAGUGGGAACCACAGGCCAUUCGAAUCGGACCUACAUGGGCACGUAGAGCAUGCGAGGAGGAGAGGCAACCCAGGUGAUCGCUUCGAUGCUGCGUCUCGGAAGGGAAGGUGGAGGCCACAUCGUUCAAGCCGCAUGUGGUUGGAGAAGCGGGGCGUCAGGGGGGGAGGGCACCCCUGGAGUAGUAGCGCCAGUGGGAGCGGCGAGGAGGAUGGAGAUGAGGAGGACGAUUACGAUGAGGAUGGCGAUGAGGAUGGACGUGACGAUGGCGAUGAUAACUACGAUGACGAUGACGAUGAUAACUACGAUGACGAUGACAACCGCGAUCACGAUGGAUGGCGUGGCGAAGCUGGCAAAGGGGACCGCGGAAUCGCUCGCGCUGCGGAGCAUGCCCCCCGCCCAAAGAACAAACUGCGCAAAGAAGGAAACAACCCCUGUCUGCUGAACUUUACCAACGCAAAUAUUUUGGUAGACAAGAAAUUUAAAAUAUACGAGCAGCAUCUGCAACCACUACUUCCAAAAUUUUCUAGUUUCAAUUGCAAUAAUAAUUACCUGGAUAAAAUUGGGACCUCUCCGGUGGACCCCAUAUGCAUCCAGAUGAACUACUUCGUCCAAGUGUGCCGGAGGUUGAAAAGGGAGAAGACCAUAAAUUUAAAGUCCCUCCUAACGUUUGACGUUCUAUACAAAGCGUUGAUAAAUUAUGGAGCAAAUGGUGGUGUUAUACCGAUCGGUACUAUGCAUCCCGGUGCUUACAGUGCGUGUGGUGUUGCCCCCGUAUGGGAUUACAAGAAAUGGUUCAACCAUAGAGGGGAGAGCAAACCACAAGGAAGUGCCCUCGCAGAGGUCAGGGGAGAGUAUAGAAGCAGCUCAGUUAGUGAUGGAAACCAUUGCGGAGUCGAUAUGGAAGAUCGCCUCAGCCAACAAGCUACCAGCGCCAAGCAGCACUUCCACGCGGUGAAUAACAGGGGGGAGGAGGAGGAGUCCCUGCUCAGGAUGCCCGUCCAUAGGAAGAAUGAGAAAAGUGAGGCGUUCCUCCGGCUGUUGCGGGGUUGCGCGCGUGGCAGAGUCGGCGGUGGAGUCGGCGAUGGAAUCAGCGGCGGAAUCAGCGGCGGGAUCAGCGGCGGGAUCAGCGGCGAAAUCAGCGGCCGAAUCAGCGGCGAAAUCAGAGGCGAAAUCAGCGGCGGAUUCAGCGGUUGCACCCGUGGGGGCGCGAAGAACAGGGAGGAGCCCCCCUCCGAGCCGGAGAGAGACCCCCCAGGGAAGCAAAACCCCUUCGGCGCAGCGCUCAACAGGUGCAUAGAAACGUUCAAGCGGAAAAGCGCCGGCGCGGACAAGUACAAAAUGUGUUAUGUAAACGCCAUGCGAGUAGGCCGAUCGUACAAACGAUUUAUAACUGUAAGCCCAAUCUGUGACAGUAGCAGCAUCCUAACCCGCGAUAGCAAAGGAGGGAAGAAAAGGAUCCCCGUGAGGAACCCAUUCCGUCAACAAAUGAACGAAAUGAGCCAGUCACUGCUGUACCAAAUUUUGAAAAAAUUCCCAUGUAGAGAAGAAGAAGAUAUUGAUACUUUUAUUUAUUAUAAAAAGAAAACCUACGCAGAAAAAAAUAUCAAAAAAGUUCUUCAGUCCUACUUGAAGCACUACACCAACGUGGAUAAAAACAUGAGACAGUUCGAUCAUAGAUUGUUCAUCUAUACUAACAACAAUCGAAUACUCUUCAUGAAUUCCCACACGAUGAAAUUAUUAAACGUUUUAGAAGAGAAUUACUGUAAAAGCUUAAUUAGAGAAAGUUUUAACCUAAUGAAUAAUUGUCAACUUAAAGGAAGAAAUUGUAUAAUUAAAAGUAUCGAUGGGAUCAACAACUGUAGCUUCCUGAACCCAUACUCUUUGUAUCUAAGGUCUACUGGAAAUUAUGAUUUUUUAAGCUCAAGAAAUGUUCAAAAUUCUCUACUCUCUAGUUACGCUAGGUACAAUGAAUUAUUUGCCAUGUUUAGAGGUAACAUGCAGAUGAACAAUCGAGGUAGUGGAGUUACUGCACGCAAUGCUGCCAGCAUGGCUAGUAUGGCAAGCAUGGCUAACGUUACUAAUGCUAACAGCACAAUCAACGUUACGAAUUUUUUAUUGAAUUACGAAAACGUUUUAAGUUCCGGAAGGAAUACUGACAUUGCUGUUAUAAGUGAACACUCUUCAGUUUUUACAAGUGAUCAAUCAGCUAACUUUUUUUCAGAGGAUGAAGAAGACGAUGAUGAUGAUGAUGACGAUGAUGAUUAUGCUCAUGACGAUUAUGACUUUGGAUACCAUCAUGCAUCUAGUUCUUAUUCGAGAAGGAAUAGACGGAGGAACGGACGGAGGGGUACUACCAGAGCUCCUAAGAGAACCACCAGUAGUAGACGUAGGACCAAUACAAGGAACAAUAAUAACACUCCGAGAAGGACCUCUGCCAGGAAUAGAAAAAACAUUGAGCGGAAAAAUUAUAACUGCGAUGCGGUCGUCCAUGUCAAUGUCAGGAAAAGCGACCGCCUACGCAAUAAAGAAAUUAGCAGAAGGGAGAACAACGCUGCUGGAGGAGCGACCAUCAAUAAUGGAGAUGAUGACUUGCUCAACAACCAUGGGGGGGAUGACUUCCUUAACAACGGCAGCAGCAGCAGGCACCUCAGGAACAAUUCGUCGAACCAUUCCAGAAGUAGGUACAACACCAGGUCGUCCAACAUGAACCGGGACUACUAUCCCUGA